AUGAAAGCCCGAUGAGCGAGGCGUCCACGCGGUAACCGGCAGCGAUGGUGACGAGAGGGGGAGCGCCGUGUAACGCAUCACGUGACUGCACGGACACGGCGACACCAAAUGUGACGCCGAAGUGCCAUUUGCAGAAUCUUUAGGAUUUACGCGGAGUCUUUUACGCGGCGCGUUCAUGCGGUGCACUGUAUUUUACUGUACUAUAAUGUGCUGCAUAUGAGAGCGCAUUAAGAAAUAUGGACAGGUCAGCAAAACAAAACUCACCGGCGUUGUUGUGGGAGAAGAGCGAGCUAUGAGCUGGUAACUGUAACUUCGCUCCAUGAAUGCUAUGAAUGAUUCUCUGGAUGAAACGCACACCUCUGGCAGCCACGGGGAGAGAGCGGCCAUAUUUCGAGGCGCGAGAGGCAGCGACAUCGUUGGGGCGGCCUUGAUCCCACUGCGCUCCCCCUUGCAGCCACCCAAUACUCAUCACAACAAGACGACUCCUGCGGUCUCCAUGCUCUUCAAGGGAAAUAGGAAGUCCAAAGAAGGUGUAGAGACACAAAUGGGACCUGUCCCAAAUCCCUUUCCAGAGCUGCUACCAUCCGCUGUCUCCUUAGUUUCUGAAUGUCUGUUACCCUGGACCAAAAACAGUGCGACUCAGGUAAUCAAAGUCUACAGUGAAGAUAACACCAGUCGGGCUGUUGAGGUACCCAGUGACAUCACCGCCCGGGAUAUAUGCCAGCUCUUCAUCCUGAAGAACCACUGCGUCGAUGACCACAGCUGGACUCUGUUUGAACAGAUCCCACAUCUGGGCAUCGAGAGAACCAUAGAAGAUCAUGAGUCGGUUAUGGAGGUCCAGUCGAGUUGGGGAAUGGACUCUCACUGCUGUCUGUACUUCAGGAAGAAUUAUGCCAAAUAUGAGUUCUUCAAAAAACCUCUUGAUUUUUUUCCCGAGCACAUGGUGUCUAUAUCGAGUGAAACCAAUGGAAUCAUGAACCACUCACAACUAAUCCAGACGUUUCUCAGUUCCAGCUCCUGUCCUGAGAUCCACGGGUUCCUCCACGCCAAAGAGCACGGCAGGAAGUCCUGGAAAAAGUUUUACUUUGUGCUAAGAAGAUCAGGAUUGUACUUCUCCAACAAGGGGACAUCAAAGGAACCGAGACACCUGCAGUUUAUUUGCGAGUUCACCGAAAGCGACAUCUACACAUUAUUAAGCGCCAGAAAAGUUUACGGAGCCCCUACAGACUACGGAUUCUGUGUGAAGGCGAGCAAGUCGAAUGUGUCACGUGAUCUGAAACUGCUGUGUGCAGAUGAUGAACAAACCAGGACAUGUUGGGUUACAGCCAUGCGCCUCUUUAAGUAUGGCAUGCAGCUUUACAAUAACUUCAUCCAGCCCUAUCAGAAGCAGAAGAGUUCUCCUAUGAGGAGUAUCUCUGAGAACUCUCUGGUAGCGAUGGAUUUCUCAGGACACAAGAGUCGGGUGAUAGAGAACCCAUCAGAGGCUCUGUCAGUGGCUGUGGAGGAAGGCCUGUCGUGGAGGAGGAAAAGCUGCCACAGGUUGAGCUCUCACGGCAGUCCAUCUACCACUCAGAGCUCCCUGUCCAACUUAGCUAUCCAUGUGGCUCAGCCGUGGUUUCACAGUAAAGUUUCUCGAGAGGAGGCUCAGAAAUUAAUCACUCAACAGGGCCUCAUUGACGGGCUUUUUCUUGUAAGGGACAGCCAAAGUAACCCCAGGGCAUUUGUCCUGUCACUGUGCCAUACGCAGAGAAUCAAACACUUUCAGAUCGUACCAGUUGAAGAGAACGGCGAGUUAUUCUACAGUCUAGACGACGGACACACGCGUUUCACUGACCUGCUGCAACUAGUUGAGUUUUACCAGCUGAACCGAGGCGUUCUCCCCUCGAGGCUAAAACAUCACUGUGCCCGUAUCACCAUCUGAACCGCAGCGCACCCUAUAGAGGUCCGUGAGGGUCCCUGCCAUGCACCGCGCUCUCAUGCGCUUUAAAACACACAGGCGAUAUUUUUUGGACAUCGGUUUGUGCCUUGGAUGGGAAACUCAACCCAGUGGAAAUCACCAACUUUGUCCAGUAGAGUUUCACCUUCUGCCCGUCUGUACCGAUCAACUUUAAGUCUAUCUUUACUGAUUUAUGACGGACCGGUGCUGUCUGUUAGUUGUGGUUGUCAUACUUGCAUUACUAAAGAGACCGGGUUGGGCACAUGGAUGACUGAGGACCCUGAUAUUCACUGAGGGCUGGCUAACCAGAAUGUAUAAUGUCAAUCUCACAGCUACUGUCUCUCCUGAUACACACACACACACACACACACACAAUGGUUGACUUGAAACCAACUUGUUAAGCUACCGAUCAAAGUUCAUUUUUUAAAUUAAUAGUAGACUGCGUGAGUCUCCGUUGGGUGUGAACAAACUGAAGCUGGGUGUACGCUGUACGAUUGUUGUACUAUCAAAAUUACGCUUUUGAGUUUAGACUUGACUCGACACUCCACCUUUUUAUUUAGUUUGUUUUAAAAAAUAAACCGAUACAAGAGCAAGAGUUUGCCAGGCUUUCUGCAGUACCGUUUCCAUUUUGUGAAAGAGGAUAAACAUUGACAAUCACGACCAAAACUUAUUAUGGUAAAGUUUAACAUCAAAGAUGGUUAAUAACGCACAAUCUGCUUUGGAGUCCAAUCUUACAACAUCACACAGUGUGCACCCGGCUUAAAAGACAUGGUAUAGCCAUAAUCCAAAUAAAUAAUAAGCUGAAACUUUUGGGGUUUGUUGUAUUUUGUUAGUCAUGUGUCAAAAAAUUCAGGUAUUUUAUACACAAGGCUAUAGAUGCUUUAGUGAACAUGUAUGUGCAUGCCGUAGACGUCGAAGCGGCAUGAUUGCGUUUGUCUUGGGCGACACGUUUGGUAUUAACCUCUGCUGUACCGCACCAUGGAAUGUAUCAUUACCAUCCAAUGACAGCGAUGCUGAACGCGUAUCAUGCAGUUUACACAGAAGAGCUGUUCGCUCGGACGAAGAAUGUGUGAGAAUAAUCAUGUGACUUAUAAAUGAUUGCAGAACUCAAUUGUUGUACAUUGAAACUGUUUGUUUUAUAGACACAAGAAUUCAGGUAAAUGGUGUUUUAUACCUGAAUUUGUACAUUGUAAAAUGAUCAAAACUUGUAUGUGCCGAGUUUCCAAAAGACAACAAAUGCAUUGUUUGUCUAAAAAAUGAUAAAUUAUGUGUGAUUUCUGAAUAUCCAAUAUAAUGGAACAAAAGAUGUAUUGAACAAAUAAGCAUCUGAAAUAAUUUAAGCACUAUCAACGAAUAUGGUAAACUUCAGUGUCCAUUUACUUUAUUGAAGCAUUAUAGCCACAAAUACCCCUUUGUGUGAACUUUUAUCUCAUAAAAUUAAUGAAGCAUGCAAACUUGGUCGUUUUGAACCUUAUUAACAAACCUAAAUUAAUUAUUAACUCAUUUUAAUUACCAAAAAUUUUAUGUUUAGCACACAACCCUAUUAUUAAUACAUGAACUUUGCCCCAUUACACUGCACAAUCCAUUUAAAAUAUGACACCAGGAAAUAACAUCAACAAAUCUUGCACAAAUUGACACAAUUACACAUUUUUACAUGUAUUUAGCUCAACUAUUCAACCCUGUUACCAAACAUUAGAUGUUCUUUAAACUUAUAUUUGCUAUAAAUGAUUAACUGUAAACCAGAUCAAACCCAUUAGAGUUUAAUAUAAUAUGUUGUCUCAAUAUUCGGUAAUAGGGUUAAAUGGUAUAGACCACCUUGAAACUAAAUGUAUGAUGAAUAUAAAAUUUACUUUGCCUCGUGAAUUUGAUGAUAAACAUUUGCUAAAAGUUAAGCAAUUUUCACUUCAUUAGUUCUGUACCUUUUCGUGAAAAGGGCUGUUUAUGAAAUGCACAUUUAUCAACGUCCAUUUGACUGUUUUUUUUAGAGAAACUGUUUGUUUGUUUGAUCUUUUCCGUGUAUGUUUCUUGUAGAUUGACUUCAGUAUGAUAAUUUGCGUAUUAAAGCAAAAAAGGAAAAAAAUACAAAAGCAUUUAAAAACUGUUAAGAUGGUCAAGGUUUAUAAUUGCACUGUAGUUGAAACACUGUAACUUGAUUUGUUUUGUUGACGCUUAUCCAAGAUUUCAUUUCUCUGACUGUUUUUUUUUUUUAAUGAUGUUUUAUUGAUAUUUUGUUAUUGCUGUCAUGUCCCUCCUCUGUUCUGACAUACAGACAUGUGUUCUGCAUCUGAAUCUGUAUAUUAAUCUGAAUGAUGGAUAUGAAAUGACCAGGAUUAUAUACUUGAUGUUCUUUUCUAGAGCACAUUUAUCAGGUUUUGUGAGAUUUCCUAAUACAGAUGAAUUAACCCAGACGUGCUUCUGAUAGAGUCUAUUCAGUAUGGGUUCAAAUCUUUUUUUUGUACUUUUUUGUAUUUCUGUUAUUUUAUGUAAAUGUAAAACUUAAAACUCUACCGUUUGUUUCCCAUUUGUUUAUUGACACUGACAGCAAAUAAACUUGAAACACCCCUUUCCAUCCAGAA